AUGUUCUAUGUCCCGGCCUCGGCCGAGAUUCGCGCCCUUCGUUCGGCACAGCUCAACAAGCUCACCGAGGGUCCGGCGGGCGUGCCGAGCCAGGACGUCGGCCUGAGCGAGCAGAACUUCCCGUUCAUCGACGCCACGACCCAAGGUGGUCCCGUGAGCCACGGAGUCAUCAAGAUCAAGAAUAUCCCCUUUGCUACUAAGCGCGCCGAGAUCAUUGCCUUCCUCGGGCGCAAUUCCAGGAUCCUCAACGACAACCAGGAGCCGGUGCACAUCAUCAUGGAGCGUGUUUCCUCCAAGACCCAAGACUGCUACGUCGAGUUCAUCACCCCGCAGGACGCCAUUCGGGCCGUCGAGCGACAUAAGGACAACAUUCAAAAGGGCCGCCCCGCUCGCCUGGGGGACCGUCCCGUUGAGAUCCAGUUGUCCAGCCAGGCUGCUCUCAUGCAGGAUCUGUUCCCGCUUGCUAGCGGCGUCUACUGGGAUAACGCGAAGCCGGUGAUCCAGGCGCCGGUCGAGGGCCAGCCGUGGAAGACGUUCAAGGGCUUCGUGACCGAGGAGGAGCUGACAAUGCUUGUCAAGCACGUCGAGAUGCCCCAGCGCUCUCCGUACUCCAAGGAGUGCCCCCAGCGGCCCUAUGAGUGCAUGAUCUCGACAAUCAAGAAGUUCCCUUGGUACAUGUCGGACUACAUCACGGUCGCGCAGCGGCACUCCAUCGUGGAGGGCACCAUGAAGAUGAUCGUCCUGCUGCAGCAAGCUCUCCAGCGCGGCAACCGCAUGCAGGAGACCAUGAUCAACGAGCAGCUCCUGAAACGCCUGGUCACGGCCGCCAUGCUCUGCCCCGGUUUCUCGGUGGUGCAGAAGGAUAACAUCGCCGUGCUCGCUGGGAUGGAGCCGGAGCGUGCCCGCAUGUUCAACCAGCCGCGCUUCGCGGAGGAGUGGGUUCACCUGCACACCAUCUGCCCCCGCCCGGGCAUCCCGCUCGACGUGCUGGAAUGGUACAUCGCCGUCAUCCGCGAGGAGACGACCCGCUACAUCCACUCCAAGUCCGCGGCCGAGCGCAACGAGAUCCAGCGCAAGGCAUGCUUCACCUCCCUCUACUUCGGCUACAUCUGGUGCGAGACCAACCUGCCGGUCGGCAAGGCGCUGGAGAACCUCACGCUGGCGAAGGUGGCACGCCAGGAGCUUUGUGCUCUCCAGCAGGUGCUUCGUCGGGUGUUUCCCCGUGGCCCGACCAGACAGCUUGAGGCGUCCCAUUAA